AUCGCAUUCGCAGAGAGGGCUUCGCGCCGCCUCUGGCCGCCGACUGGCCAAAGCCUGCUCGUUGCUUGGCCGUGGCACCUGGCUCCCAUCAGCGCCAGCGGUCCCCACCGAAACAGACAUGAGCCGACCGUCGAGGAACCGCAAAGAAGUCUCCUACGUCUUCAACAUCCCCCUCGACUUUGACGACGACGACGAUGCCGCAUACUGCCAGGUCAAAGCCAAGCCAAAGAAGCAACCGGCCCCGCCAAAGCCAUCUGCUGAAAAGGAUGAUGCGGCAGAGGGUGCGUCCUCACCGGUCAAGCGCAAGCGGGUGGUUCAUGACAUCGUCGAUUCAGAUGAGGAUGAAGUCCAACCUGUGAAGUCGCCCAAGCUUGAGCCGCUAACAGAUGAGAAAAGCGCAUCAAGCAAAGCACAACGGAAGAGUCUGCAGGAACGGAGGGAAGAGGCCGAGUUGCAGAAGGCGCUCGAUCUAUCGCUACAUGAUGCACACGACAACGCAAAGCCGACUGGGCGCCGGAGCUCGCUAUCGCAAGAUACCGACUUGAGCGAUCUAUCGCCUGUGGGCUCGAGCGAUCCAGAAGAUGAGCUGGAGCUCGAUGCUGCUUCGACCAAGAAGAACAAGGCCAAGCCAAAGGACCGACGGAAGCCCAGUCUGCCCAGCGACGCCAAGCAGCACGGAAAGGCCGUUAUUUCGUCCCCAGAGAUCCUCAUCGACAUUGACGGUCCAGCUAUCGAGCGGGGUAUGUGGAAAGUUGGCGCUAUGGGUUGCUUGGAUGGAUCUGUGCAGUGUGUUUGGGUUGGAGCAUGCUGUGAGUCGGAUCUCACCUUGCGCGCAACUGUCCGUCCUCCAGCCCCCAAAGAUUCCGUCGAGGCCUUACCCUCUUCGAAGGAUAAGCCUAAGCGGGACAAGCCAGCCAAGGGAUUGAAGGAUAAAGCGGCAGCUGCCGCGGAGGACCCUCCAUCCACAUCCAAGGGCGAUCCUGAACCUGAGCCCGCUCCAGCGCCGCCGGUGCCGAAAAAGCCAGCCUCCAAAAAAGCGAAUCCUGCUCCAAAGCCAAUCUCGGACGGCUCCGCAACUGCGAGCGCUCCGUCUGCGACGCUGGCGGUCCCAGCCGCCACGGCCUCACCAGCAAAGCAAAGAGAAGCCCCGAUGUCGCCGUCGUCCGGUCGGCUGGGGUCGAUCGGACUGACGGCAAGCCCAAUCAACUCGGUUUCCAUCCGAGUUGGCUUGAGUCGCUUUUCCAGGACAAAGUCGCUGCACGGAUAUCUGAAAUGAGAUGGCAAGAUCGCCGGUAGGAAUCCUGCCGAUUCCUGGCUUUGAUGUUUGUUCUUCAGGGCGCCGCUUGAUGCGCUGCAUUUUCUGCCACCAUGCUCGCCCGUCUCACCCUGGCGGCUCUGGAUAUUGGGUUCCCAUGGGUACAGACCGCGGCGGGUGAAAGCGAGCUCGAUACGGGCCUGAUCUGGGCGGGCAUGAUGGCCGCAGACAGGGGGCAAGGAAAAGGCGCACUUUCAGGAGAAGGGGCCCAAAGUGUCUCUUGGACAUCAACGCCCCCUCCCCUCCUCUCCCUCUCUCCUUCUGCUGCUGUAAUAAGAUAAGCCAACUUGGUAUUCUGUCCACCGCA